AUGAAAACGACCCAUAAGAGAUUUGUAAAAAAAUUGAAUGAAUGAUCAGCCCAUCAAAUUUUGCCUUUGCCUCAUUUAGAGCUUGAGAGAAAUUUAUUAGAUUUUUCAAUUGAAUACAAAGAAUACUUAAAAAAUUGGGAAAAAAUUGUAAAAGCUUUCAUGGAAGCUUUGACUAUAAGCAAUUGUAUGAAAAUUACUGAGAAACUGAAUGAGGAAUGCGAUAGAAUAAUUUUUGCAGCUGAACAUUUGAUUUUUCAGGCUGAUUCAGAAAAUAUUUAUAAUAUGCUAAACGAAUUAGAAAGACAAUACGCAUCCUUUAUUUAAUAAAUAUGUCAAAAUUCAUUAUAAAAUGAAGAAAAAAAAUAAAUUUAAUUAAUAAUAGUAUAAAGGAAUUGAAAAUAUGAUUUUAUAUUUAGAUUCCAUGAUCCCAAUAGAAUUUGAAGCAAGAAGUCAUAUAAAUUUAAAAAAAAUCGUAGAAAAUGUUGAAAUUGGCAUUGUAAAAGCUUUGGAUAAUUUGCAAAACGAUUUUUAUAAAGAUUUGCAAAAUGCUAUGAUAGAGAUUUCAAAUAAUGCAGAAAAUCAUAUAGAAAAUUUAUUAAAUUCGCAUUAUCAUGCUUUUCCUGAAGAAAUGGUUGAUCUUAUAAAUACUGAGCUAAAUUCUUAUAACGAACAUAUUAGAAAUUUUAUAAAAAAUACCUACGGAAGUGUGCCGAAUUGUUUGUUUAAAGGUCACCACAACAAAGUUAAAGCAAAUUCAUUAUUAAAAUAUGAGGAAAUAUGGGAAAAUCAAAUGAAUAGAUUGAUUUAUGAAUUUAAAAUUUAUAUAAAUGAAGUACUUGCUCCCCUGAUUAGUGAAAAUCUGGGGGGGGGGGGUUUUCAAAAAAAAUUGUGCCAUAAAAAACGUUUUCCAGAUUCAUAUCAAAUAAUGGUAAAAGUUUCUAUUAUUUAAUUUAUAAAAUUUAUGAUUAGAACGCAGCUGCCUAAAAUUUAAUUUAUUUGAUUGAGAUUUCAUUAAUCUAAUAAUUAAUUAUAUAUAAAACUUAAUUUAAGCUAAUAAAAAUUAAUUUUUUUUAUAUGCUCAUGAUGAGCUUUUAAUUUCUUUAAAAUUUUUGUUUAAUGUUUUGCUCGCUAGCAAAGAAGGUAAAAUUAGUUUAUUUCAAAAAAAUGAAUUAAAAUUAUUUGAUAGGAAAAUUUGUAAUGAUAUUUCAAGGGAAGCUUUGGCAGGAAUUAUUAUUCAAACGUCUUUGGAUUCAAAUUUCUGUAUUGAUCAGCUUAAUAAUAUCUUAAACUAUUUGAAUUUAGAUGAAAGUGCAAUAGACGAAUUAUUUAAUUUAGAUCAGCAAAAGAAAAUCCAAGAAUAUUCUCAUCAUUUUCGCUUAAGCACAAAUGAUAAAGGAAGAUUUCUUACCAUUAUUUCGCUGAUUUUGGUAUUUUCUAACACUCAUGAUGAUAUUUUUAUCGAAAAUUCACAAUUAACAAAAUUUCACCCCGGAAAUCGAGAAUGGCUGAGUCAAAUAAUUUUUCACGCUUUCUCUGGCUACAGAAGUUCUGAUAAAGAAUACUCAAAAUCCUGCAGUUAUCUACAACUAAUGCUUAUAGGUGAGCAGAGAGUUGCUAGAGAACUGCUUAGAAUGAAUAAACAAAUUCUUGACAGCCAUUUUAUUGAUUUAUACCCAGAAAUCUCCUCAUUGGAUUUUUCAGACAAAAAAAUCGAAAAAUUAUCAAAAAUCACUGAAAUGGUCAAAAUUGCCUCAAAUUUUCUUUCAGAAGAAUCCUCUGUAAAGCAAUGGAUUUCUCAUGCAGUAAAUGCAGUUGAAAAUUUUGCGGUAAAAGAUAUUUAGUUCAAAGACCAAAAUUUGCAAAUAAAUAGCCUGGCUUUAGAGUGUAUUAAAUAUGAACCAUCUUUGCACAUAACAAUUGUAAUAUCUGGGUGGCUUUCAGAAGAAGAUAAUAGUGCGGAGUCUUGACAUCACAUAAUUAAUAGGUCGUUUCAAGGCCAAGUUUAUGUGCUUAAAUGAGAUUCAAGCAGCCCUACAAAAUUCUUAAUCGAAAUUCUUAAGAUUAUCAGUGGGGUGUUAAUAACUGAUCAGCUUAUUUCUACAUUAUUUCUAUUAUACAAUAUUUAGUGAAUUUUUCAAAAAAUAAAAUAAUUAUUUUAUAAACAUUUUUAUUUGUGUAGGGAAUAUCAGCAGCUUAUAAGCUUUAUAAAUUAGACCCUUUUAAAGCAAGCCAAAAGCGAGCUGAAGUUGCUGGAAAAGCAUUAGCGCAUAUCAUAAAAAGCAAUCUUUUUAAAAGAGCUAAUAUCACUUUAAUUGGAUUUUCUUUAGGUGUUGGCAUAAUCCAUUCAUGCUUAAAAGAAUUAUCCAAUGAAAAUCUACAAUAUAUCCAUAAUGCUAUAUUAAUGGGAGGAGCUGCAUCUGCUUCUAGUGAAGAAUGAAUAAAAUGUAAAACAGCAGUAUCAGGUAGGCUUAUAAAUUUGUAUAGUAAAAAUGACUUGGUUCUCUCAAUUCUCUAUAGGAUAUUCUCUUAUGUUUAAAAGAUUCUAAAAUUAGUUUUUUUUUCGAAUAAAUUUAGGUAAAUUAUUUUAAUUCUAAAUUAAUCUGAUAUAGAAUAUCACGAUUAGAAAAAGCAGUUGGGUAUGAAAAAAUUGAAGUCAAUGGUAUAGAAAAUUAUGACAUAUCAUCCUUUGUGGACAGUCAUACAAGAUACCGAGAAGUCAUGGGAAGCCUAUUUGAGUUUAUAUCAUAUUAUAACUAA